CAAUUGUCAAAAGUUGAUUUGAAAAAUUCAUCAAGUGCAAAACAAGACAAUAAUAAAUUUGUAAAUUAUUCUGAUUUUCAAAACUACAUAUUAAAAGCUUUAACGAGAAAUUCUAUUUUUAAAUAAUGCUACGUUCAGGAUUACCCUUCUUGCGAUCCCUAUAUCACAAAGAAAGGUAUUUAUUAAUCCACAAAUAUUAUUCUCAAAACGUUUUAAAUGUAACUGAUCCAGCAGUGCAAACUUAUCUAAAACAUUUAAUGAUUGAAUAUGAUACACUCCAUAUAAAAGCAAGAAGGACUGCUGAAGAAUCUAGACGCAUGCAAGAAAUUAAACCUGUAGUUAGUGUGCUUGAGCAACGAAUCGCUCUAUUUGACAGCAUCGAAUCACUCAAAGAAUUGAACAAGAAAGACCAAAAGGAUGAAGAAAUAAAGCAAAUGAUUAAAGAAGAAGCUCAAAUAUACCUCGGUCGUCUUAAAGAGGUAGACACAGAUUUGCAGGCGAUUCUUUUAGAGCCAUAUUUAUCUAACGGAGGAGUGAUAUUAGAGGUUACGGCAGGUGCCGGAGGUCAAGAAGCUAUGCUAUUUGCUCGAGAACUCUUCAACUUGUAUGAAGCAUAUGCCCAAUACAAGGAAUGGGAAGUUGACAUAGCAUCUGUUGAAAAAUCAGAUCUUGGCGGUGUUCGUAAAGCGUCAAUGUUGAUAAAGGGGCUUGGUGCCCCAGAACUAAUGAAAAUGGAAGCUGGUGUACAUAGAGUACAAAGAAUUCCAGUCACAGAGAGAGGUGGUAGGAUUCAUACCAGCACAGUUUCUGUCGCAGUAUUACCACAAGCUACUGAAGUUGAUCUGGAGAUACCUGAGCGAGAUGUAACCAUUGAAACAAAGCGAGCAAGUGGUGCCGGAGGGCAGCAUGUAAAUACUACAGACAGUGCAGUGAGAAUCACUCAUAUUCCCACAGGAACUGUUGUUGAAUGUCAACAAGGCAGAUCGCAGAUAAAGAAUAGAGAGAUUGCAAUGGAAAAACUUAGAGCUGUAUUGCUUCAGAAACAAAUUGAUGAACAGUCCUCCAAAAUUAACAGUGAAAGGAAAUCUCAGGUGGGCUCCAGCAAUCGCAAUGAGAAGAUAAGAACCUACAACUAUCCUCAAGAUCGUGUGACGGAGCACAGAGAUGGAGGCAUUAACAUACCGAGCCUCAAAGUGUUUAUGCAAGGCGGGGAACACUUGGAGCAACUUCAGGAAUCACUUCUUAGACAGCAUCGAUAUGAAGUGCUGAUGGCUGAGGUGAAUGACUUUAUUAAUAAAAACAAAAUACCUAAUGUUUAAUGAAUGAAUAAAUAAAAUUUGAUAAGUUAUUUAAAUUCGCAAAAAUACCUGUUAAUAAUAUAAUAUAUAGUAAAAUUUGGAUAUAAAUUGAUUACUUGAAGUUUUUUGUAGUAUACAUACAAUUAUUUUUAUUGUGACAUAAUUUAAGUGUCUUCAUGCCUCAUGAAUUGCAAAAGUGUUGAUCUACUUAUUAAUAUAUAAAGUAACUAGUGGUCUGCCCUGGACUAAUCCAUGUUACAUAUAUAGCCUAUAGCACUUGGGGAUCAUGUGUUCAUCAAACAAUGUACCUAAUAUUGUUUAAAAUUGGACCAGUAGUUACUGAGAUUUGUAUGUUCAAACAAAUAAGCACACUGAUAUUAUUAUAAUGUUGAUUUUGUACAUAGAAUAAUAAUAUGUAUUUUAGCUUAGUAUGUUAAAUUAGUGUAGUGUUAUGUUAUUUUAAAUAAAUAAAACAAUUAUUUUGUUUUCA